ACGCAACAAAAGACUCUCUCUCUUCUCUAAAAGGCUCUCUCUUUCUUAGAGUUUCUCACUCUUUCUUUCUUUUGAUUAAUUUUUCUGCCCAUUUUUUCACUUCACUAAGCCUGAGACACACACAGUCACAGACCCUUUUCAAGAGUUUUAAGCAAUUGGGAGAAACAAAGAAAAGAGUUUCAAACUUAUUAAUACCUUUGCCUCUCUCUACCACAAUGGUCGACGUCGACCGGAGAAUGACCGGUCUAAACCCGGCUCACGUAGCCGGCCUCCGUCGCUUAUCGGCUCGAGCCGCAGCUGCCCCAACAACCACUACAACCGCCACGGCAUCGCUUCCAGUACGAAAUGGCCUCCUCUCAUUCUCUUCAUUGGCCCAGAAUGUCAUAACCCAUCUCCGGAAUUCCGGUGUCCAGGUCCAACCGGGUCUCUCGGACGCCGAGUUCGCUCGUGCAGAAGCUGAGUUUGGCUUCGCUUUCCCACCUGAUCUCCGAGCAGUCCUCUCCGCUGGGUUACCCGUCGGACCGGGUUUUCCGGACUGGCGAGCUCCCGGUGCUCGGCUCCAUCUUCGGGCUUCGCUUGACCUACCCAUCGCCGCGAUUUCAUUCCAGAUAGCUCGGAAUACCCUCUGGUCUAAAUCGUGGGGCCCGAGACCAUCCGACCCGGAAAAAGCUUUGCGGGUUGCGAGAACUGCUUUGAAGAGAGCUCCGCUUCUGAUACCAAUCUUCAACCAUUGUUACAUUCCUUGCAACCCUUCUCUUGCAGGUAAUCCGAUUUUCUUCGUCGAUGAGAAUCGUAUCUUCUGUUGUGGUCUGGAUCUUUCAGAUUUCUUCGAACGCGAGUCUCUAUUUCGGAGCUCCGAAUCUUCGGAUCCUCGGGUCCUCAAGAAACAAAGAUCCGUGAGCGAAAAAUCAGCCGGGUCGUCUACGAAUUUCUCCCGGAGAAGUUUAGACACGGGGCUUUCCUCCGGUGCAAGAACACCGAGAUGGGUCGAGUUUUGGAGUGACGCUGCAGUCGAUCGUCGCAGGAGAAACUCGUCGUCUUCUUCUUCAUCUUCGCCGGAGAGAUUCUUUGAUAUGCCGAAGUCGGAAAUUCCGAAAUGGGUCGACGAAUACGUGGAGCAAAUAGGAUCCGUUUUGAGACAAGGUGGGUGGAACGAAUCGGAUAUAACGGAAAUAAUGGAGGUUUCGGCUUCUGGGUUCUUCGAAGGGGAGAUGGUGUUGGUCGAUAAUCAGGCCGUACUCGACGCUCUACUGCUGAAAGCGGAUCGGUUCUCGGAUUCACUUCGAAAAGCGGGUUGGAGCUCCGAAGAGGUUUCGGAUGCUCUUGGUUUUGAUUUUCGACCGGAAAAGGGGAAGAAACCGGUUAAGAAACUCUCACCAGAACUCGUGGAACGAAUCGGUAAACUGGCUGAAUCGGUUUCUCGGUCAUAGUACCACCGAACCGGCAUCAUUUUUUUAAUUUUAAUUUUUACUGAAGGCCUUGGGUUUUGCUUUUUUUUUUUUUUUCCCCUAAGGUUGAAAAAUUCGGAAUACAUGGGGGAAUGGGGUUGUACUACCACAACAGAAAAAUUGUAAUAUUAAUUAAAAAAAGAAAGAAAAACGACCAAAAGUUCAAAUUUAU